CUUGCCUUGCGGAUCAGUCUCUCCCCGGCUCGGUUUCUCUGCAUAGGCAAUCACAGCUCCCACUCGCAAACCCAACUCUUCCCUCUCGCACUGAUUGCAAUGAAUUUUCUGCCUGAAUGUAGGUCGCUUACAACCGAGAACACGAGUUUCCUUCAGAGCCAGUGUUGUCUUUCUUCUUGUUAUUUUUAAUUUUUUUUUUUUUUUUUUUUUGCCGCGUCUUUCCCCCCCCCCCCCCCUCCCUCCACCCCCCUCUCCUUCAAACCUUCGUGGUCGUUGCAUUCCUUUGGAGAAGCGAAUCGCGUUGGAUUCCAAAAAGGCGAGCAGGAGAGCAGGAACCGUGUGUGAAUAACCCCGGCUGAAUGGUAGCCCGAGAGGAUUUCCUGAAAGAAUCUGGCUGUGUAAAAAAGACCCCACUGCUUCUGCAGCUAUUCCAGUGUUAAGGUUUAAUCACCCACUACUGUUGGAGAAUUGGAAUGGCUGUCAAAGUCUUCGUGAGCAGUGAAAUCUCCAGUAAAAGUGCCACUGUCAUGUGGAGAGAUUUAAGACAUUACCGUAGCUUGGAAUAAAGAUUGCCCUAAACUUCAACAUCUGAUUCCUCAACGGGAAAAACUUCUGUAACUAAAAUGACAUCAUGCUGCCUCCUAUGGGGAAAUUCUGAAGCCUUCUCAAAAAUACAACACAGUGGCUGACUGAGUGGGCUGGACUUCAUUGGAGGGAGCCAUUUUACUGGGAAAGUGGAGUAACUGUGGAUCUCUCUCCACACUACUUGCUGAGAAGUGCUGUGCAUUGCCAGGAUUAAGCCAACGUUGAAGUCUGGGAUGGGCCUUACGGGCAAACACUCCCUUGUUUCUUCUGCCGUUGGGAUUUGUCUACAACCAGUCAGCUGAGGCACCUACCACAUAUCAGCUUUUGGUUUCUUGCUGCCUGAGCGAAGUUGUGUUUUCCCUCACUUCAUUUCCUUUUGACUACUUUUUUAUUUUAUUAGUUUUCAUUUUCCUUGACUGAUUAAUUUUCCCCUGGCUGUGGAAAAAAGAGCCCUGCUGAUGUUGAUUUAAAUAAUGUCGAAACCAAGGGGACUCCUAUGGCUGCCUUUGAUCUUCACCCCAGUGUGUGUCAUGUUGAAUUCUAACUUCCUCCUGUGGAUAACUGCACUGGCUAUAAGAUUUACUCUCAUCGAUGGCCAAGCACAAUACCCAGUUGUCACCACGAAUUAUGGCAAAAUACGUGGUUUAAGAACACCUUUGCCUAAUGAGAUCCUUGGUCCAGUGGAGCAGUACUUGGGUGUUCCUUAUGCCUCUCCUCCAACUGGAGAAAGGCGAUUUCAGCCCCCAGAGCCACCAUCGUCUUGGACAGGUGUCCGCAACGCCACACAGUUUGCUGCCGUCUGCCCGCAGUACCUGGACGAGAGGUCACUGCUCAAUGACAUGCUGCCAGUCUGGUUUACAGCCAAUCUGGAUACUGUGGUGACAUAUGUUCAAGAUCAAAAUGAAGACUGUCUGUAUUUGAAUAUCUAUGUGCCCACAGAGGAUGACAUUCAUGAUCAAAACAGCAAGAAACCCGUUAUGGUCUACAUCCAUGGUGGAUCUUACAUGGAGGGUACUGGCAAUAUGAUUGAUGGCAGCAUUCUCGCAAGUUAUGGAAAUGUCAUUGUUGUCACUCUCAAUUACAGGCUGGGGGUUUUAGGUUUUUUAAGUACUGGAGACCAGGCUGCAAAAGGCAAUUAUGGAUUGCUUGACCAAAUCCAAGCUUUACGUUGGAUUGAAGAAAAUAUUGGAUCUUUCGGAGGAGACCCAAAAAGAGUUACUAUUUUUGGAUCUGGGGCAGGAGCUUCCUGUGUCAGUCUCCUGACACUCUCUCACUAUUCAGAAGGUUUGUUCCAAAAGGCAAUCAUACAGAGUGGAACAGCCCUGUCCAGCUGGGCAGUGAACUAUCAGCCUGCCAAGUACACUCGGAUAUUGGCAGAUAAAGUGGGCUGCGACAUGCUGGAUACCACUGAUUUGGUUGAAUGUCUUCGAAAUAAGAAUUACAAAGAACUCAUUCAACAGACCAUCACUCCAGCCACGUAUCACAUUGCCUUUGGGCCUGUGAUAGAUGGGGAUGUGAUUCCAGAUGACCCUCAGAUUCUCAUGGAGCAAGGGGAAUUCCUUAACUAUGAUAUAAUGCUGGGCGUGAAUCAAGGGGAAGGUUUAAAAUUUGUGGAUGGCAUUGUAGACAAUGAAGAUGGUGUUUCCCCCAAUGAUUUUGACUUUUCCGUCUCCAACUUUGUGGACAAUCUAUACGGCUAUCCAGAAGGGAAAGAUACACUGCGAGAGACCAUUAAAUUCAUGUACACUGACUGGGCAGACAAAGAAAACCCCGAAACAAGACGGAAGACCCUGGUCGCCCUUUUUACAGACCACCAGUGGGUUGCUCCAGCUGUUGCUACUGCUGACCUGCAUGCCCAGUAUGGAUCUCCAACAUAUUUCUAUGCAUUUUAUCACCAUUGCCAAAGUGAAAUGAAACCCAGCUGGGCUGAUUCAGCUCAUGGUGAUGAAGUCCCUUAUGUGUUUGGGAUUCCUAUGAUUGGCCCCACAGAACUGUUCAACUGCAACUUUUCCAAGAAUGAUGUCAUGCUCAGUGCAGUAGUUAUGACGUACUGGACUAACUUCGCCAAAACUGGAGAUCCAAACCAGCCUGUUCCACAGGACACAAAGUUCAUCCACACAAAACCCAACCGCUUUGAAGAAGUGGCCUGGUCCAAAUACAAUCCUAAAGACCAGCUUUAUCUGCAUAUUGGUUUGAAACCCCGAGUUCGUGAUCACUACCGAGCAACAAAGGUUGCUUUCUGGUUGGAGCUAGUACCACACCUUCACAACCUGAAUGAAAUAUUUCAGUAUGUUUCCACAACAACUAAAGUCCCCCCUCCUGACAUGACAUCAUUUCCUUAUGUGACACGGCGUUCUCCUGGUAAAUUAUGGCCAGCCACCAAACGCCCAGCCAUGACACCUGCCAACAAUCCCAAACAUUCAAAAGACACCCAUAAAACAGCUCCAGAGGAUACAACAGUUCUGAUAGAAAACAAGCGAGAUUACUCCACAGAGCUGAGCGUCACCAUUGCUGUGGGGGCAUCCUUGCUGUUCCUCAAUAUUUUAGCUUUUGCUGCAUUAUAUUACAAGAAGGACAAGCGGCGACAUGAGACUCACAGGCGCCCUAGCCCCCAGAGGAAUACAACCAAUGACAUUGCACACAUACAGAACGAAGAGAUUAUGUCGUUGCAGAUGAAACAGCUAGAACAUGACCAUGAGUGUGAAUCACUUCAGGCCCAUGACACACUGAGACUAACCUGUCCUCCUGACUACACGCUUACUUUGAGAAGGUCCCCAGAUGACAUCCCACUAAUGACCCCCAACACCAUAACCAUGAUUCCAAAUACAUUAACAGGAAUGCAGCCUUUGCAUACUUUCAACACCUUCAGUGGAGGACAAAACAGUACAAAUUUGCCCCAUGGACAUUCAACCACUAGGGUAUAGCUCAGCCCUUCCCCCUCUACUCUCACAAGCCACUUGGAAGAAAGAAAAAACAAAAAACAAACAACAAACAAACAAAAAAAAAAAAAAAAAAAAGAAGAGGAAAAAGUUAUAAUACCAACCACAGAACACCUUGUCAAAAUCUGAAGUAAAAACAAGUAAAAGAGGACAGUCAUUAUUUUCUUACUGAUCCUUCCCACAGAAAACUCUUGGAUAUUAAAGAUCAGCUACAAACCCUGUGAAAUGUGAAAAGUGUACAUUGCUGUUACAAUACUGCUUUAAGAUCUCAGCCACUUUGAUUGAAAGUUGAGGCCAGAAGACGUCACUUAAAAUGGUGUUUUGAGUGUAACAAGCAAAGCAGAGUCUUCUGGAACACAGAGCCAGUGACUGUACAGGUGUUUUGUUUUCUUUUUUUUUUUUUUUUUUUUUUUUUUUUUAAUAAAUAAAAUAAUAAUAAAAAAAAUCUUUAUGUGCCAUACCAUGAAUGGCCCUUGUUAAAACAAAGACAUCACCAUGGGCUUUUACCCAGCAUAUGAAGCUGUAAUCCAGAUGGGGGAAAUAGAAUUUUAUUAUUAAAAACAAAAAUGAAAAAAAAGAGGAGGACUGACUAUGCAGUAAAAUACGUAUAGUUCUGUGCAAAGAGAUGACUUGCCAGCCUGAACUAUAUUUAAAGAAACUUUGUAAAAAUGUACAUAGAUGUGAGUUUAAAAACAAACAAACAAAAAAAAGCUUUUAUUGAUGUUUUCGGUUUGAAAAGAGCUUUUAGAAAGAUUGUGCAUUCGGUUGUGACCUAUGUGUAUAUACAUUAGUCAUAUCACCUCUGUUUCCUCCAAGACCAAAGGAGGAAUUUCUUCUUAAUUACUAGUGGUAAACAAAAAACAUGAGUUUUUUCUAACAUAUUUCAUUUAUAUGAGACCAUGGUGUCAUGCAGAGGAUACAGUUGUCUGUGUGACCUGUGUAUUUUCUCUUACAGGUUACACUAGUGCAUGUUAAAGUAUUCAUAGGAGAUUGUUGUUCUUUUCUGAAUUUUUUGUUUUCUAUAAUUUAAUUUUGUGUUAGCCUUUGUUAAAUUGCAACACAGCAACGGAUUGGAAAAUAGAAAAAAAAAAAAAAAAAACACAAAAGAAAAUCAUUACUAUUUUAAGCUUGUUGAACUGAACUAAGAAACAUCCAAUAAUAUAUGUUCAGAGUCCAGUUUGUAGUUCUUGGUUAUUGUGAUACAUUAGGAAGAGUUUUGUGCCCUGACAAAAAGCAAAGAAAGCCUGUGUUUUGGUCAGCCUUUUCUGAGGAAAACUAGCUCUAUAUUCACCAGCAGUUGCAACAGAAUCUCAGCUGAGAAAACACCUUCUUAGCUUUGCUAAACAAAACCACAAUUUGAAAGUGGGGAAAUGGUGGGUUGGUUAACUGGCUGUUUUUUAAAGUGUUCAGAAAUUAUCAGUGUGUAAAGAACUUCUCUGCCCAGUAUCCUCUUUUGUGCUUGAGAGCAUAACUGUCAGAAAAUACUUUUUUUUUUUUUGCAGAUUUAUUACACAGUAGUCUCAUAGUGAACAUUAUGGAGAGGGAAGCAGAGACAUCAGCAGCUGUUCUGCAUCUGAAUAAAACCGAAAAUCCCAGAGAGCAUCACUCUCAGGAAGGGCAAAAUUCUUAGCUGAUUAUUCCCUUCUGCCCUCCCUUCACUAGGAAGCCAGGGGCCAAGCAGAGCUAUCAAACAAAGGAACUUAACAGUUUGAUUCAAACAACUGAUUUGAACAUAAACAGCUAGAAAUAAGUUCUCGCAGAUGAAGAUUGCUUUGUAUUUUGUCUUUGAAAGUUCCUCCAUCGCCGAGAGAUAGUAACCAAAGAUAUUUGAACAAAUUGGUCUGUACUUGAACAUGAUUAUCCCAGAUGUAUCUUCUAUUAUUAAUUCACAACUAAGCUGCAUCAAUAUCAUAUGUCCCAUAAGUAUCAAACACAAGAUGCCUUGUACCUCUUCUCGUUUUCUAUGGUUUUCGUUUUCUAAUCAUGUUGGAAUAGCAACCCCUAAAAUAAAAUUCAUCUGCACAACUCCUUGUUGUGGAAGGCAGUAAAACAGAUUCUGAAGGAAAGAAAUAAAAAGAAAGUUAAUUACAUGAUAAAAAUACAACAUGUGGCUGAUAUAAUCCUUUGUCUGUAAUAAAUGUGCUAUAAACCUGACCUGGAUGCUCAGGUUGGAAUGUGAUGAAGCAACAACCCCAAAUUACAACUAGUAGCAAAUGGAAAACUUUUUUUUUCACUGAUCCAUGACAUAACAUUGAUUAAAUCUGACUCUAUACCGGGCCAUAUCCACCACCUAUGUAAUGCCUCAGCUGAGAUGCAGCAGUUCAUAACUCUUAAAAAUAAAGGUAAAAAAAAAAAAAAAAAAAAAAAAAAAAAAAAAAAAAACAGAAAAAAAAAAAGCCAAAAAAAAAAAAAAGAAAAAAGAAAAAAAUAAAAAAAGGUAAUGAUGCUUGGCAUCAUAAUCGGUUGGGUAUGUUUGUAAUGUGAAUUACAGUAUUUGUUUAGUACUUCCAAUUGUCUUCUGCUAGCAAUAUGUACAGUACUGUGUCAGGCUUGUGACAUUUGGGUUAAAAAAAAGAGUUCCUGUAAGUGAAUGAUUUUAGCUUUUAAAAGUAAUUACAAUCAAGUUGAUUUAAUAAUUUGAUACAUCUGGAUUGAUGUAUGAUUUAUAGAGGGAACAGAUUUAUAGGGUCUUCAUAGAAGUCUAUAAUAAUGAUAUCAAAAUAUAGUUUGCAAACUGUAAAAGAAAAACAAAAGUACUUUCCCAGGCUUAUAUUCUUGACCUUAAGAGGCACACAGGGUUUAAUGGUUUCUUCUGUUAUUGUUUUGCAAUUUUUUGUUUUUUGCCUUAAGUAAUGAUAGAAGAUAUAUAUGGCUGGACACAUAUGUAUAAACUUUUCAGCAGCAUUUUUAAUAAUAAAAUAUCACAGUAUUUUCUAAUGCUUUGUGCAAAGAACUACGUGUUCAUCCUUUUGUGUAGAAAGUCUGUCAGAGGUGUGUUUUCUGCCCCAUAUCCAUUUCAUUAUCUAAUGUAAUCAAUGCUUUGAUACACAGUACAAAAUUAUUAAAGUAAUAGAGGUUGCACUUUUAAGUUAGCAGUGAGUUUUCAUGGCUUCUGUAGUUCUAUAAGCCUGCCAGUAAAAGGAAAAAAACUCAGACAAUGAAGAGAUAAGAGAAUAAGCUCCAUAUAUUUAUUACCUGUAUGCACUGCACCUCCCAUUGAAGCAAUGGUUUAAUUGUUCUGUUAGUAUUUUCUGUAGCACUGAAAAGGAGCUUGGGUAAGCAGCUUCCCAUAUUAGUGUAUGACUUAGCUGAAAAAUGCUGAAAAAUUUAUCUUUCAAAUUAAGAAUCAAAAUAAUUCAAACAAAUCUAAUACAUCCAGCCUCCACAAGUAAAUAUACUUCUAUUUUAUAUUUAAAAUUUAGAUAAACAAUGAGUUUUGUUUGAAAAAAUAUUUAGGAGUAGCAUUAUAAGUUACUCAUAUAUUUAAGGGAUUUACAUAUAUUGCAGAUAUGUUAAUAUCAUUCUUCCUUCAAAAGUUGAAUAAGUAAAUAUAGUUUGUUCUUUUAUGCUGUUAAAUUCCAUUUACCGACCAGGUUUCCUUUCACUGGAAAGGUACAUAGAUAUUUCAGUAAUUUGAGCUGGUUAUUGUUUGCUUUCUGUAACUAUUCUGCUGAAUAGGUACUAACAAUAAUACCUGAUUAUUUUUGAGCAUAUUGAAGAGUAUUUGCAAAAAGCAAAUUCAGAAUGAUUCAUAUCAGAUUUUUGAUAUGAAGAAUCAAGUUUAUGAGACAGAAACAUAUUAUGUGCCUACUGACCUAAUCAAGCAGCUUGAAUUUUGAAUAUUGAAUUUGUAUAUAAAGCUUUUGCAAAUAAACUGCAGAUUUAGAA